CCCUCCGCGCCCAGCCCGCGGCCCCUUUCUGCUGUUCCCGCGGCUUCCGGCGGAGAGUUGAGUCCGCGCACACGGCGCAUUUCCGCUUCCGCCGGCAUCGGCGCGCGUGGCUGGAGCGGCGCUCGGGAGCCAGGUCACCAUGGAGGCGAAGCAGCAGAAGAAGCACAGGAAGAAGAACAGCGGGCCCAAAGCCGAGAAGAAGAAGCGCCGGCACCUGCAGGACCUGCAGCUGGGAGACGAAGAGGAUGCCCGCAGGAGAAACCCCAAGGCUUUCGCGGUGCAGUCCGCCGUGCGCAUGGCCCGGUCCUUCCACAGGACUCAGGAUUUGAAGACGAAAAAGCAUCAUAUUCCGGUUGUCGAUCGAACCCCACUAGAGCCCCCACCGAUAGUAGUGGUGGUGAUGGGGCCUCCAAAAGUUGGAAAGAGCACUUUGAUCCAGUGCCUUAUCCGCAACUUCACCAGGCAGAAGCUGACGGAGAUCAGAGGUCCUGUGACAGUCGUAUCAGGCAAAAAGCGCAGACUUACCAUUAUUGAGUGUGGUUGUGACAUUAACAUGAUGAUUGAUUUGGCUAAAGUAGCAGAUUUGGUUUUGAUGCUCAUAGAUGCCAGCUUUGGGUUUGAAAUGGAAACAUUCGAGUUUCUGAACAUCUGUCAAGUACACGGCUUCCCUAAAAUCAUGGGUGUUCUCACCCACCUAGAUUCCUUCAAGUACAACAAGCAACUGAAGAAGACAAAAAAGAGAUUGAAACACAGAUUCUGGACAGAAGUCUACCCGGGUGCCAAGCUGUUCUACCUGUCUGGAAUGGUACAUGGAGAAUAUCAAAACCAAGAAAUUCACAAUCUGGGGCGUUUCAUUACAGUUAUGAAAUUCCGGCCUCUUACCUGGCAGACCUCUCACCCUUACAUCUUGGCAGACAGGAUGGAAGAUUUGACAAACCCAGAAGAUAUCAGAACAAAUGUCAAGUGUGACCGGAAGGUGUCUCUCUACGGUUAUUUAAGAGGAGCACAUUUGAAGAAUAAAAGCCAAAUCCACAUGCCAGGUGUGGGAGAUUUUGCCGUGAGUGAUGUCAGUUUCCUCCCAGAUCCCUGUGCGCUUCCAGAACAACAGAAGAAACGCUGUUUAAAUGAGAAGGAGAAGUUGGUCUAUGCCCCCCUCUCUGGAGUGGGCGGCGUGCUGUAUGACAAAGACGCUGUCUACGUGGACCUGGGUGGGAGCCACGGCUUUCAGGAGGACGAGGCCAGGCCCACCCAUGAGCUGGUCCAGAGUCUCAUUGCCACUCACUCUACCAUUGACGCUAAGAUGGCUUCCAGCAGAGUCACGCUUUUCUCUGAUUCCAAACCAUUGGGGUCUGAAGAUAUAGAUAAUCAUGGGGUGUGGAUGCCGAAAGAGGAAAGACAGGUGGACUCGGAAACAGGCCGAGUGCGGCGGAAAGCCAUUUUUGAAGACGAAGACGAGGAGUCUGGAGAUAGUGGCGAGGAGGAUGAAGAGACGUCUGAGGGUGAGGGGUCAGAAAAUCCCGCCAGUGGCGACGAGACAGAAGAUGAGGGCGCCCCCCGGCCUGAGAGGAAGCAUGCGACCAAGAAGGGCGUCAAGAGGCCAAGGCUGGAGGUGGGAGAGGACUCGGAGGUGGACCUGCCGGCGUUCGCGGACAGCGACGACGACCUCGAGAGGGGCCCGGAGGACGGGGAAGGACAGGAGCCCGAGGAGGCAUCUGUGGGAGGUUCCUCUCUCAGCGCAGAGAGGGAGUCUGAAGAGCCCAAGGCCGCCAGCUCCGUGGACGGGGCCAGCGAUGAGGAAGACCUGCUCAGGGAGGACGGCGACCUCACCGAAGCUGGCAGCUGCACCCUGGAGACCUCAGGAGCGCUCAGGUGGAAGGAGGACCUCUCCAGGAAGGCGGCCGAGGCCUUUCUGCGGCAGCAGCAAACAACCCCAAACCUCCGGAAGCUUAUUUACGGAGCAGUGGCAGAAGAUGAUGAAAAGGAAGAUGACGCUGCGGAGGAGCUGGGAGGUUUGUUUCGUGUGAGCCGGCCUUCCAGAGAAUGCAGGCACAAGGCUGACUCUGUGGACUGCUCCAGGUUCCCUGUGGAGACUCCCCACGACUGGGACUUGGAGGAGGUCAUGGACAGUAUCAGAGAUUGCUUUGUGACUGGCAAGUGGGAAGAUGACAAAGAUGCAGCCAAGAUCUUAGCAGAAGAUGAGGAGCUCUACGGUGACUUUGAAGACCUGGAAACUGGAGACGUGCACAAGGGGAAAGCGGACCCGGAGUCUCAGAUUGACAGCGUAGAGGAAGAAGUUAAGGAAGAGGUUGACCCCACUGAAGAGGAAAGCGCCAAGAAAAAGCAUCUGGAGAAGAAGAGAAAGUUGAAGGAGAUGUUUGAUGCCGAAUAUGACGGAGGAGAGAGCACCUACUUUGAUGAGCUGAAAGGGGAAAUGCACCAGCAGGCACAGCUUAAUCGGGCCGAGUUUGAAGAUCAAGACGAUGAAGCCAGAGUUCAGUAUGAAGGAUUUCGACCUGGGAUGUAUGUUCGGAUUGAACUGGAGAAUGUACCCUGUGAAUUUGUACUGAACUUUGACCCACAUUACCCACUUAUUUUGGGCGGUUUGGGCAACAGUGAAGGCAAUGUUGGAUAUGUGCAGAUGCGUCUGAAGAAACAUCGGUGGUAUAAGAAAAUCCUCAAAUCCCGAGAUCCGAUUAUUUUCUCUGUAGGGUGGAGGAGGUUUCAGACCAUCCCGCUCUAUUAUAUCGAAGAUCACAACGGCAGGCAGAGGCUUCUGAAAUACACCCCACAGCACAUGCACUGCGGCGCCACCUUCUGGGGUCCUCUCACGCCACAAGGAACCGGCUUCCUGGCAAUACAGUCUGUCAGCGGCAUCAUGCCAGAUUUCCGGAUUGCUGCCACUGGAGUCAUCCUUGAUCUGGAUAAGUCCAUAAAAAUUGUGAAGAAAUUAAAGCUCACAGGUUUUCCAUUUAAAAUUUUCAAGAACACCUCAUUUAUCAAGGGGAUGUUUAAUUCUGCCUUGGAAGUGGCCAAAUUUGAAGGUGCUGUGAUUCGAACCGUCAGUGGGAUAAGAGGACAAAUCAAGAAAGCCCUCCGGGCUCCGGAAGGAGCUUUUCGGGCCAGUUUUGAAGACAAGUUGCUGAUGAGUGAUAUUGUCUUUAUGAGAACAUGGUAUCCUGUUUCCGUCCCAACCUUCUACAACCCAGUGACAUCCUUGUUGAAACCCAUUGGUGAGAAAGACACCUGGUCAGGAAUGCGAACAACGGGUCAGCUUCGACUCGCAACUGGCGUCAAACUAAAGCCCAACAAGGAUUCUCUGUAUAAGCCAAUCGUGAGGCAGAAGAAACAUUUUAACACACUGCACAUCCCGAAAGCCUUGCAGAAGGCCUUGCCGUUUAAGAGCAAGCCCAAGACCCAGGCGAAGGCAGGCAAGACACCCAAGGACAAGCAGAGACCGGCCGUCAUCCGGGAGCCUCAUGAGAGGAAGAUCGCCGCCCUGCUGGAUGCGCUGAGCACGGUGCACAGCGAGAAGAUGAGGAAGGCGAAGGUGCAGCGGCACCUGCGCAACAAGGAGCACUUCCGCCUGAGGCAGAAAGAGGAGGAGGAGAAGCUGAAGCGGCAGAAGGACCUCAGGAAGAAGCUGUUCCGGAUCCAGGGCCAGAAAGAAAGGCAGAACCAGAAGUCCAGCCUCAAGGGGCCUGCGGAGCCGCCCAAGUGAGCUGCGCCGAGGAGAGGGUCGCAGGAGUGACCUGCGGGCGUGGGCGGCCUCCGGCUCUGGCUAGUGAGCUACCGGCCAGGGGAGCGAACCAGAAAGACCCGGGCCACACCUCUGAAGGGCGGAGUGAGGACUGCUGACUGCCAGGUUUGAAGUGAUGCACUCUGUGGGCUUGCUGACCCUCACACUCUACCGACUUCUGUCAGUUUUGGGGUUGGUUGGGUUUGUUUUGUUUUGGCCCCAAAAUAUCAUUAAAGUAUUUUCCAAUUAUUUUCA